AAUAUUUUAAGUACAGACACACUAUCUAUAAAGAAAGAGAAUGUUCAUUAACAUGUACCCCGUCGCAAUUUAACUGCGAAUCAAUAUAAACCAUUUUUAUGAUUAACCUAUAAUGUUCAAUCGUCGUUGAUUGCCAGCCAAAGAUAAUACAGCUAAUGGUCACAUGACAUGGGUCUAUAAAUACUCUUUACUUGUAAGGUAAUAAUACUCAUGGUUGGAUACAGUACAAGAAGAGGCAACAAUUAAAUAUGGCAUCGACAAAUAAAGAUUUACCUGAAUGUGUUGAAACAGACAACGCAAGUCUUCUAUAUAUUAAAGAAAUUAAAGAAGAGGAAACGUGCGAGCCAUUGAGAUACGUUGCUUUCUCAGAAAAAACAUAUAAUGUGUGUUAUCCACCUGAGAGGUCUCAAGAGCGGUAUACAUUAAGUUUCAGCAAUAGACAGGAUCUAGGUUUCGAGCAGUAUCAAUGUUCUCAAAAUAAAAAUGACUUAGGUUCUGGGUCAGAUUCUGGAGAAGAAGAAAAUAGCCUUUACGGCUCACCAGAAGCAAUUGCACCGUCAGGAAAACCAAAGGCAGUGGUAUCAAUGCGACAAAGACCUUACUUUGAUUACUAUGCGUUGGCAGCAUACACUGAACAAAAACGACCUGUAGUUAUGGCAAACGAGAAUAUAAGACAGCAGAGGAAUGGACCGUAUGCAAACGAAGAAACAUGCAUUAACGGAAACGGGACACUUGCCUUAUCCGGAUCCUCUACAGAAACAACACUUUUAUUCGAAAGGAAUGGUUAUCGUUUGGCGCCCCGUGGCGAAAUGCCAACACAGUCCAGUGAUACAUGCAACAUCUACACUAAACGACUUGAACCAUUCAACCGUCGUACCACAAAUGAUAAGUUUAAGGAUGUUAAUAUGCGUCUUGCAACCUUCUUCGAACGUGUAGAUUGGCCACAUACAAAUCCAACUGCUGAAAUGAUGGCCAGUGCAGGUUUCAUUUUCAAAG